CCAGUGAAUCGCGCGCGAAGUGCGCGUAUGAGAUUCUAGUGAUAUGAAGCUCAUCUGUACAACAUUUUCAACAUAACUCCGUUGGAUGAAUAUCUAGGAAAAUAGAAAAUAAAGCAUGGGCGAGUGAAAGUCCGCACGACAGCGGAACAAGAGGAGAUUAAAAAAGUAGAAAAGCAAAAGAAGGUUAUGGAAUACAAAACUGGGAUCACCCUUGUUUUUCGAAAGAGAAAAGAUGAAAUUUGGGAUGAUGAAAUUCUAUUAGUAACAGAAAAAAUGCUUCUUCGAAAUCCAGAUAUUUAUACCCUUUGGAACACUCGAAGAGAAGCACUUAUGAAAAAUAACUGGACUAAAGAAGAAUAUGAGCAACAUUUACAAAAGGAAUUGACAUUAACGGAAAACUGUCUAAGGGAAAAUCCAAAAUCUUAUAGCGUCUGGCAUCAUCGUUAUUGGGUCUUUGAUCAUUUAUCGGAGCCAAAUUAUGAAACAGAAGUGCUUUUAUGUGGAAAAUUCUUAAACAUCGAUGAAAGAAAUUUUCACUGUUGGGAUUAUAGAAACUUUAUAGUAAAAAUGGCUGGAGUAUCUGCUGCUGAGGAGUUUGAAUUUUCUACUGCAAAAAUAAUCAAUAAUUUUUCCAACUACUCAUCGUGGCACUACAGAAGUAAGAUAUUAUCAAAAAUGUUUCCUGAUGAUAAAGGACAUUUAUCCAUCAAAGCUGAUAAGUGCAAAGAAGAUUCAAAAUCCAGUUCAAAACUUCAAGAUUGUUACAUAAUUAUCUUCUCUAUAUAUUAUAAAAAUAUCAGUGACACUAGUGCAUGGUUCUAUCAGAGAUGGUUACUUGAAUCCUGCAAAACUUCAAGAAGCAAAAUUUGGAGAGCAUAUCUUACUGAGAUCGAAGCCACAAUUGUCUUUCAUGAUCACAUUUCAAUUCCAUCAUCAAGUGUUUGCUUAUUCAUAAAUGGAGAAGUUUUGGAUUGCCAAUGGAUAUCUUGCAAUGACCAAAAGUUUUCAAAAGUAUGGGAAACAAAGUUCAAUAUAUCUUUGAAUAUAUGUGAAGAUAGUGAUAUAUCCCUAAAAUUCUAUGACAAUAUUUAUCCUUUUUAUCGCUUUAAUACUUCUUGGAUUUGCGAAACCAAAGUAUCUGAGAUGGAGAAGUGCAACGAAGUACAAUUGAGGGAACAGUUGGUAAACUAUAAACAGUUGUUCGAAAUGGAGCGGCAGAAUAAAUGGGCAUUAUUAAUCGGAAUCUUUCUCAUGAGAAACAUCGAUUUUGCCGUAUUCUAUCCAAAUAUUUUGAAUGACCUAGAAUUGUUGUGGAAAAUCGACAAACUGCGGUACAAUUAUUACAAAGACUUGCGGAGUGAGUGUUUAAUAGACUCCUAUCUGCAUAAUAUGUGGCAGGAAGACAACGAAGAUCAGAGAAGAAAUCGAGCAGAUCUUUCGGGCCUUGGACUUACAACCUUAUGUAACGAAAAUUACUUUGCUUUCUUGGAAGAAAUAAAUUUAGGAGCUAAUAAUUUGGGAAAUUCCCUGCAUAGACUGUAUGCUUUCCGCGAAUGUACAAGGCUGUCUUUGUCAAGUAAUAAUAUUAAAUCAAUAUCCAAGUUUCCUACCUUGCAUAAACUUCAAGUAUUGUCGCUCAGAAAUAAUGGAAUAUCUAGUAUAAAGGAAGUUUUAGAUUUAGUGAAACGGCACAAUUUAUUGAAAUUAGAUAUUCGGGAAAAUCUAGUAUGUGAAUUUGGUGUGAAAGAAAAAAUUGAAGCUAUAUCAUCGAGAGUGAAUGUAAAAAUAUAGUAAUUUACAUUCCUCCAUGCCUUUAUUUGAUGAAUGUUAUAUUUGUGUAAAACUUUCAAUUUUCAUGCGAAACGUGCGGGGCCUUUUCUGAAACUAUCGAAUGAUAUAAAGCUCUCUCCAAUCUUACUGUAUUAAAAAGGAAAUUUUCUAGAAUAAAAUAAUGACAAUCUUUUA